UCUUGGGUGUGCCCCGAAUAUGUUAUGAACACCCCAAAAGGAAGAGGAAAUAAGGGAAAGAUCGAAGCUUUGACGGCGAGAGUCAGAAGACUCAGAACCCACUUCAACCCUCGCCCCCUCCCACUCAUCUCGGACAAAAACUCUUGCUUUCUCUUCGCCUUUCAGGCCCACAAGUUCAUGAUGGAGGUCCAAUCUCUUGGUGUUCCAAAGCCCCUUGUUCAAGCCGCGCUCCAACUUGGAUCAGAAAAAUAUGCUGUUGCGGCAGCUGCUAAUGGCAGCGCUCUUUCGGAGCAACUGGCUUCAAUGAAAGAGGAAAGCAUGAGGAUAUUCAAGGAAUAUAUCACCAAGCAUAAUGUCCCCACUGAUGUUCCGGACGACCUUGUUGAGAGCUCUUCCGAAGAUGAUGUUGAAGCCACCGAGAAGCCACCAGUGAAGUCGAAGAAAACAAAAUUAAAUUAAUGUUCUUGUUAGAAUGCCAAUUAGAUCGUGUACGAGGAGCUCAUUUAACCUAGUUAUUGUCGUAAACUAGUUUUUAAAUUCCAAUUAAGUGGCUGCUUAAUCAAAUUGCCUGAUAUCAAUGUACUUAGGCAUUCUCAUAAUUCUGAUAUUCUAUAA